CAAGCAGAGAAGUCUACAGUCUGCGAAAGAAAUUCGUACAUGUUUCUAAAUGAACUUAUGAGUGACAUUCACUUCUUAGUCGGUCCGAAAAAUUCGGCGCAACUGAUGCCAUCACAUAAAUACGUCCUUGCCACUGGCAGUUCCGUCUUCUAUGCGAUGUUUUAUGGUGACUUGGCAGAGAACAGAUCCGAAAUUGAAAUACCAGAUGUGGAGCCUCAAGCAUUUAUUAAUUUGCUCCGGUAUUUAUACUGUGAUGAGAUAGAUUUGGUAGCUGAUACCGUCCUAAGUACACUGUAUGCAGCUAAGAAAUACAUUGUUCCUCAUUUAGCGAGGGCAUGUGUAAGCUUCCUGGAAACAAGCCUGAGUGCUAGAAAUGCAUGUGUGUUUUUAAGUCAGAGCAGACUGUUUGAGGAACCAGAGUUAACAAAACGUUGUUGGGAAGUGAUUGAUGCUCAAGCUGAAGAAGCACUCACAUCAGAGGAAUUCUGUGAUAUUGAUUGUACUACUCUGGAAUCUGUGUUGGCAAGAGAAACACUCAAUGCCAAGGAAAGUGUAGUUUUUGAAGCUGCCUCACGUUGGUCUGAAGCAGAAUGUGUAAGACAGGAUAUAAAGAUUAACCCUGAUAAUAAACGCAAAGUACUCGGUGGUUCAUUACAUCUGGUUCGCAUACCAGCAAUGCCCAUUGAGGAAUUUGCAAACACCGUUGCACAGUCUGGUCUGCUUACGCUGAAAGAAACUACAGAUGUAUUCUUGCAUUUUACAGCACUUCAAAAACCACAGUUAGAAUUCUGCUCAAAACCUCGAAUUGGUCUCAAACCACAACGAGUUCACAGAUUUCAGUCCUCUGCCUAUCGUAGCAAUCAGUGGCGAUAUAGAGGACGAACAGACAGCAUUCAGUUUUCAGUUGAUAAGCGUAUAUUCAUUGCUGGUUACGGUCUUUAUGGUUCUAGUUCUGGCUCAUAUGAUUACAAGAUCAAAAUUGAAUUAAAACGUGCAGGUAAAGUUCUUGGACAGAGACAGACUCAGUUCUACACAGAUGGCUCAAGUAAUACCUUUCCUGUAUUGUUUGACCAUCCAAUUCAGAUAGAACCAGAUGCCUACUAUACAGCAAGUGUAAUAUUAGAUGGAACAGAACUCAGCUACUUUGGACAAGAAGGCUUGCCUGAAGUGUCAUGUGGGGACGUUAUAUUUCAAUUUCAAUGUUCCACAGAGAGUACAAAUGGAACUGGUGUUCAAGGAGGGCAAAUACCAGAGAUGAUAUUUUAUGCCUAA